UUCAAAGCUGCACUUCAAAGUCGGUCUCCAGACACGAGCUGUCCUUUCGCAACAUCCUCUCCUUCAUCACGAUGCCUCGAGGAUUCUUGGUAAAGAGGAACCGCCGAGGUUCCGCGACGUACCGCGCACGAAGUGACGGCACCGGCAAACCGGAGUCGUCCAGCUGUGACCGCAGCGGCACGCUGGCUGAGAACCAUGGCUCAGCUGGGCUCCUGAUUCACCGCCCCGACGGAGCGUCGCCGGAACCCCGCGAGGAUCCGGUCAGGGAGGUGUGGAGCCCGCACGUGGAGCCCGCGCUGGAGGCAGAGGCGGACCGGCGCGCGCAGUUACCGGAGGCUGAGGUGGAGGUUUUGAGUGUGGACGGUGACUUCUCCUGUUUCUACCAACCUCCACCUCCACACGAGCCGACUUUAAACAAGUCACCCAGUCCCGUCAAACCAGUCGGAACGAGACUGUUGGAGCAGCACGUGGAGACUGCACAGCAGCCGUGCUCGCCGGUACCGGAGCUGCCGGACCUCCCGUUCCUCGUGAGCGCCGCUCCGACCUCCAUGUCCGCUUCCAUCGAGAGGCUCCUCGCGAGCGGCAGCAGCAGCAGCAACCGCAUCCACGCGCAGCCCUAUGAAAAGUACGACCCAAAUCUGGCUAAUGUGCACUUGUUCCCAUCCCUCACCCGGAUGGGCCAGGAGCACGCAGCCAGAAAGCGCUCUUAUCUCGAUUCAGACCACCAAAACAAACUCAGCGCGAAACAGCCCAAGAAACCCAAACCGAACCGCAGACAGAACUUUGAGGACGAGGUUACCACCUCCCCGGUUCUGGGUCUGCGCAUUAAGAAAGAGAGUCCGGAGCUGAGGAGGUCUGCUUCCACUGGGACUCAGCCACUCGGAGAGUUUAUCUGCCAGCUUUGUAAAGAGGAGUACCCGGACCCCUUCUCCCUCGCGCAACACAAAUGCUCCCGCAUAGUGCGCGUGGAGUACCGCUGCCCCGAGUGCGACAAAGUCUUCAGCUGUCCCGCCAACCUGGCCUCCCACCGGCGCUGGCACAAACCCCGCCCGGUGAACAACCAGGCGGUGGAAGGUCACACGAACCGGACCCAGUCGCUAAAGGAGACGCGAUCCUUCGUUACGCACGAGCGGCAGCAGGUGGACUUGGAGGGCAAGGAGAACGAACUGCUGCGCGCGCACACGAAUCAGCACCUGGACAGCUCUCGCGUGCUGCUGCUUCACGGUCGGACACGGGACAGCACCGAUUCCUCUUCAACUCACUACCGGAACCCGGAGCUGCAGCAGCACGUGAGAGCCGCAGACAGCCCUCCGUCCGGACUCCUCCUGCUGAACCCCGGCGAGCAGCACCAGCAGUCGCCGCUAACCUUCGUCCGGUCCUUACCCGAGGAGGAAUUGUACGAGUGCCGCUACUGCGGGAAGAAGUUCCGCCGGCAGGCUUACCUGAAGAAACACCUGGCCGCGCACGAGAUGACCGCGCGCGCUUCACCGACCCCAUCCUCCUACAACCAAGCGCGCGACAGCGGCAGCGUCCAGAGCGGUCAAGUGUUCCUGUGUCACCUGUGCGGCGCACGGUUCCCGUCGGUGGAGAUCCGGGACAAGCACCGCGUGUGGCACGCGAUGAGGGACGAGCUGCUGGCGGAAACACUGGGGGGAGCGCUCGCGGCGGAAAGUUUCCACGCACACAGAGAAGAGGGCAGCGGCGGGGAGCGCGAGCAGCAACAGAUCUUCACGUGCAAGUACUGUCCGUCCACGUUCUUCAGCUCCCCGGGCCUCACGAGGCACAUCAACAAGUCUCACCCCACCGAGAAUCGGCAGGUGAUGCUGCUGCAGAUGACAGUACGACCGUAAAAAAAAAAAAAACCCAACGACGGUCAAAGUGAUCGAUUCUCAAAGACAGGAGCCCAAACUUAAAUGUAGAUUUUGUUUUGUGCAUUCGGACUUAACUGUCACUGUGCCUUUAAUUUAAAAUGUAGUUCCGUUUAUCUGAUUAACAGUAAACAAAAAGUAAACGUCAUUAAAUUAUAUUGUUUGGAAAUGCAACGCAGCUCUGAAAAGUCUACAUUAAAUUGAGUCAGCGUCGCUGUCCCUGGUGCUGAAAAAAGCUAUCGUAAACCUGUGAAGACUAUGAAUCAACCCGAUUCAAACAAUUCCUGAUGAAGCUAAAGGGGGGUGGAAAAAAAUGACUGUAAUAAGUGUUUUCAUAAUGUAUGUUCUACGAUAUUUUCAUACAGAAACAAAGCAUUUAAUGUAACUACAGGUUGCGACAAGUCAGUACGGAUUCUAAAAUGACUUUAUGCAGUUAAAAAUAAAGCUGCAGUUCUUAGAACCAUGUACAGGUCUAUUUUAAUAUGUUCUAUGUUCAAUGUGAAACUGAUUCUGAGCUACUGUCAAUAAACAAUAAUGAUCA